GGGCCUGCGCGCCAAAGUUGCCCGGUUGCGGCGAGCGCGCCGGACGCGUGGGGAUCUUGGCGGCUGGCAAGAGGGAACAGCGCUGCUCUCUCGGUCCUCGGCGGCAUAGCCCGUGGCGCCCGCACGGUGGGCCGGCGGCCACAGCGAUCGCGGCGAGGGGGCGUCCGGCCCGCGUCCCGAGUGGGCGCCUUCGGGGACCUGCACCCGGCGCGCCACUCGGACGCUUGCUGCUAGCCGUGGGUCGGCGCUCGCUCCGCCCGGGGCGUCCGGAGCUCGGCGGCGGCCGAUCGAACAGAAACUUCUCCGGGCUUGAUUGGGCCCCCGCUGGACCCGGUGCCCGAGGGAGGCGUGCGGAAGGCCAAGAGGGGCAGGAAGUCGGCGUGCUGCGGCGGCGAGGAGGGCGCGGAGCAGGAGCCUUCCUUAUUCCUGCCUCUAGUUCCUGCGAAGGCUUGCUUGCGGCACACUCCCGCAGCUGCCCCCGCCGCGCGCGAACCCCGGAAGGGAGGCCUGGGGACCAGGGUAACAGGAUCAUCUGCUAAAGCUCCCGACUCUGCCCCCCUCCUUUUUUUUUUUUUUCCCCAAACCUCAAGAGUAUCGGUGACUUUUGGGGCGAGCGCCCCGCGGCAGGCAUGCAAAGGCCCUGGGUUUGGUGAAGCUUCUCUCCUAUAGCUGUCAGCCUUGAACUUUGCAACUGACAAACCGCUGCGGCCUUCCAUGUUCCCGACCUCCUCUGGACCUGCUGGUCUUCUCUGGAUUGGAGUGGUCCUGUGUGCCAUGGGCUGUAUUCAGAGCAUCGGCGGCAAAGCCAGAGUUUUCCGCGAAGGGAUAACGGUCAUUGACGUCAAGGCCUCCAUCGACCCCAUCCCCACCAUCAUCGACGAGUCCUCCAGCGUGGUGCUGCGCUACCGCACGCCACACUUCCGGGCCUCAGCGCAGGUGGUCAUGCCGCCCAUCGCCAAGAAGGAGACGUGGACGGUGGGCUGGAUCCAGGCGUGCAGCCACAUGGAGUUCUACAACCAGUAUGGCGAUCUGGGCAAGUCCAGCUGGGAACUGCCUGACCUCCAGGCGGGCAAGAUUGAGGCCAUCAGCGACUCGGACGGGGUCAAUUACCCCUGGUACGGCAACACCACCGAGACGUGUACCAUCGUGGGCCCUACCAAGAGAGACUCCAAGUUCAUCGUCAGCAUGAACGACAACUUCUACCCCAGCGUCACGUGGGCCGUGCCCGUGAAUGAGAGUAACGUGCCCAAACUGACCAACAUCUACCGGGACCAGAGCUUCACCACGUGGCUGGUGGCCACCAACACCUCUACCAACGACAUGAUCAUCCUGCAGACUCUGCAUUGGCGCAUGAAGCUCGUCAUUGACGUGAACCCAAACAGGCCCCUGGGCCAGCGCGCCCGCCUGCGGGAGCCCAUCGACCAGGUCCAGCCCAAGAUCCUGAGCAAAAAUGAGCCCAUCCCACCCAGCGCCCUGGUGAAGCCCAACGCCAACGAUGCUCAGGUCCUCAUGUGGCGGCCCAAAGACAAGCCGCCGUCAGUGGUCAUCCCCGCCAAGCACUGGUAGCGGCAGGUGCAGAACGGGGGCGGGGGGACGCAAAUAAUAAUAGUGCUCAGAGCAAGCCCACGUGCUCUGUGCUCAUUCACCGCUCUGCAGCGGCAGCGGGCAGGGCAGGCGGGCAGGCGGAGCGCGCUGUGCAGCGCCCGCCAGUGGGAGGGACCCCCACCCCAUCCCACCCCACGGGACGUGCGCCCUUCCAGGUCACCCCAUUCCCCUCUGCCCUCUCCCUCUCCUCUCUUAAUCUCAGCCGUUCACUUCGCAACUUUUUUUCUUUUUAAAUUUCUCAAGUUUCAGGGGGCGGGGCAUGCUUUAGCCGGGAGUGGCGGCGGCUAGCCUUCUCCGUUCUCGCCUCUGACAUGCGGCCUUACGUACCUAGACUUGCUUUGCCAAACUUUUGCCUUAAGCUGAACUGAGAAGAGCACAGCCUGGGUUGGGGUGCUAAGGGCUGUGGGGGCAGAAAGCCGGGUCUGUCUCCUCCUGGGCUUUCUUCUGGGCCGAGGGGCUUCUUCCAGGGUCUCCUGGGAGAAGGGCAAGGGAGACCCCAAACCAGCUGUUCCUUCUUUGGUUUCUGCACCCUCUGUCUGGGCACCUCUUCUGCCUGCUCCCAGGCGGGGGCCCCUGCCAGGUACUUGUCGGAAGGCGGCUUGCUGGGGCGGGGGUGGGGAUGCACCCUUGUAGCCUUAACUUGCCUUUGGUGGUUCUGGAGGGUGGGAGAUUGUGGGGUGGGGUCCAGGAGCUAUGAGGUUCCGGGAAGAAUUUCUGGGUGCUUCCCUUCUUCCUUCCUGCCCCAGCUUGGGUUCCAGCAGGGCUUCCCCCCCUCCUUUUCAGGGGUGCCGCCCCCAGGCAAGGAGAAAGCUGCGGAAGGCCCCCAAGGGCUUGCCGGGGGGAUGUGGCAGGGUACGGUCCAGGGCUGCAGGGGUCUUCCGAACCACAGUUGGGGGUCCUGGGCUGGCACAGCAAGGGCAGGGAAGUCUCAGGGUGGGCCUUCUGGUGCCCAGGGACCUAGUCCUGAGCCAGCAGGGUGUAUGCCUGCAGGCUGCCACACGGCAUGCUUGGGUGACACCUGCUAGAAGUCCCAUUCUGUCAGCUUGCCAAACCCGCUCAGCCCCAGCCCCGGGUCCCACAUCCACAUGCAGCAUAACCAAGCACAGAGCACUCAUCUCUUCCUGCUUCAGACGAGCCGUUUGUGGGAGGCACGUGGUGGGUGGCCACAUGCCAGGGUAUUAAUUCCAGGGGUGCUUGACUUCCAGGCAGUCAGGGAGUCCUUGGGCCACACCAGGGGUUGCAGUUGGCCUGGCUCGCACAGGCCUGGAACUGAUGGCAGGUGCAAUGCUAGGUGGCCCUGGUUGGGGUGGGCUGCCCUCUUGGUUUGCAUCAAAGGGGUACCUGCCAAGGGACCCCACCUCCCAUCCAAGAGAGAACUCAGCCUCAUCCUGGAGGGGGCCUCUCUCUACACUCAGGUCUUUCUCGUGCUGAGGAGGAGACCGGCUUGGCUGGCAGGGUGUGCAGGGGCCCAGCGCUGCUCUGUGGUGGGUUCUGAGUGGGAACCCUGGGGGGAGCAGAGGCGACAGCCCCUCCCUUGCAUGCCCAGCCCCCUCCAGUCUUGCUCUCAGAUUCACCUUCCCCGCCCCAUGGACCUCCAUCCCAGGUCCUUUCUGUCCACUCUUCUCGCCUCACUGAAGAUCAGGACUGGGGUGGCUGCCAGGCCUGAAGCUUGUCCCUUGGCCUGAGGUUUCCUG